GAUACUCUCCUGGCUUAUUCUAAAUUGUGGUUGAAAUUCCCCAGCUUCCAGACAUCAAUGGUUCUACCAAUACAAACCUUUCAACUUUCAAGAAUCUUUUCAAGUAAAAGAUAACCCUGUUCUUUUCCUCAACUCCAAACUAACUAUGGCGUUUCGGCUUCUUAGUCCAUCCACGUUUGGAAAAUUGGUAAGAUCAACUUGCUUGCUGAUCUUGCCGUGUAAUCUUCUACCUAAUAUAUGUGAAUAUCUUCUUUCAUACAUGUAAAAAAUUGUUGUUCUUAGAAAAGCAACCGACCAGUUUGUAACUGCUGGAAAAAAAACAUCACAUCACGUUUACUAACUGUUUUCGGUGGAGUAGCCAUGGAAGGUUCCAGUCAAAGUGAGGCUCCAAGAAGACUCGAGGGAAAGUAUUUAGGGAUGGCAUGUUGUUGGGUUCUUGGACUUGCAACACUUGUCGCAUGGAACUGCAUGCUGACAAUCGAAGAUUACUACUAUAAAUUGUUCCCGAAAUACCAUCCUGCGAGGCUGCUCACUCUCAUUUACAUGCCGUUUGCUGUUGUAUCUAUGGCUAUACUGACAUAUUAUGAGUCCAAGAUCGAUACUCGAAAGCGCAACCUAUCUGGCCUCGUACUUUUCUUUUUGAGUUCGUUGUUGCUUCUACUUUUGGAUUUAGCUUCAUCAGGUAAAGGUGGAAUUGGAAAUUUCAUUGGUAUAGGUGCAAUUGCAGGUUCUUUCGGAGUUGCAGAUGCCAUCCUUCAAGGUGGGAUGGUUGGAGACCUAUUUUUUAUGUGCCCUGAAUUCCUUCAGUCCUACCUUGCUGGUAUAGCUGCAUCAGGUUUUCUAAUCUCUGCUCUGAGACUACUAACAAAAGCAGCAUUUGAAAAAUUCCCUAAUGGUCUUCGCAAAGGAGUUAUACUAUUUUUAGUGAUCUCCAUUUUCUUUGAGUUUCUAUGCAUUCUGGUAUAUGCAUUUCUCUUCCCCAAACUGCCAAUAGUGAAGUACUACCGCCUGAAGGCAUCCACUGAAGGAUCAAACACUGUCUCAGCUGACCUUGCAGCUGGUGGCAUACACAUAAACCAAGAGGAUGUAAAUGAAGCGAAAUGCCAUGGGAGGUUGAGCAACAAGGAAUUAUUCUUUGAGAACAUAGACUAUGCAGUUGACCUAAUUCUUAUAUUUGUGCUGACAUUAUCAAUAGUUCCUGGCUUUAUAUAUGAAGAUACUGGAUCACACCAGUUACAUUCAUGGUAUGCACUUGUUCUGAUUACAAUGUUCAAUGCAUGCGAUCUGAUAUCAAGAUACAUUCCUCUUGUGGAAUUCCUGAAGCUGAAGUCCAGAAAGGGCCUUAUGAUCGCAGUACUCUCUCGUUUUCUUCUCAUUCCAGCAUUUUACUUCACGGCAAAGUACAGUGAUCAGGGAUGGAUGAUCCUCCUAAUUUCCUUCUUGGGAUUAACCAAUGGCUAUCUCACAGUCUGUGUUAUUACAGAAGCACCCAAAGGUUACAAGGGACCUGAACAAAAUGCUUUGGGUAAUUUGCUGGUGCUAUGUGUAUUAUGUGGUGUUUUUGCAGGGGUAGCCCUUGAUUGGUUGUGGCUUGUAGGUAAAAAGGAGUUCUAAAGUUUCAUGUCUAUACAUUCUCAGGAACUCUAAACAGGCAAACAGCCAAUUCUGUAAUCAUAUGUUACAACUACAUUACAUAAUUCCAUCCAUUACUUGGCUGUUAUUAAA